AUGGAGUUACCCUUUUCAUGGGACAACACAGCUUCAACUCGUGUUGGCUACAAAUCUCCUGCAAGCAAUCUAAGCAAAAGAAUAGUCAAGGCAAGACCUGAUGCAUCGUUUUCAUGGAUAAUUAAGGAUAUUGAAUCCAGAGUGCGGUGCGGUGUAGACAGGAACCAUAUGGAAGACGAGACAUCACAAGAUCACCACAAAAGUAGCAUCCAAGAGAAGCCUUCGGCUUUCCGAAGAAACGGACCCGGGUCUAGAAUACAAGGCAUACAAAAACUCUAA